UAUAUUCAGCCACUUCGUCCACUAACUCACUCUUAUAUAUCCUUAGCUUGUUUUAACCUUCUACCUUGAUUAUUCCAAGGAAAAUGGAGGGAUAUUUUGAUAAUGACCAUAUAAGGGGAGGAUCACAACCUACUAUUGUCUAUUGUCAAGCAGACAAUUGCACGGCUGACUUGACGGAGGCCAAGCGCUACCACCGCCGCCACAAGGUUUGCGAGUUCCACGCCAAAGCUCCGGUCGUCAUCGUUAACUCCAUUCAUCAGCGAUUUUGCCAACAAUGUAGCAAGUUCCAUGAAUUAUCAGAAUUUGAUGACACAAAAAGAAGCUGUCGAAGGAGGUUGGCAGGACACAAUGAAAGAAGGAGGAAGAACUCUUCCUAUGAUGCUCAAGCAGAAAGCUCUAGCUGAUACUCAGGCCACACACAUGGAAACUGCGCACGGCCUCAAAAAGAUGAUUAGUGUGUUAAUCAUUGCGAUUGUUAUAGCUAAAACCAUUGAUUACGCGUCGCGUAAUCAAUGGAUUUAUCUCUAAUGCUUGAUUUAUAUCACUCUUCUGAAUGCUCUCUAUCUUCUGUCAAACUCCCAUUUUCGAUCCUCUCUAUCUUUAUCCUACAGAAUAAGUUCCUCAGUUGAGAGCUUCAGGUUUUUCAUGUCUUUAUAUACAAGAAUUAUUAUGAUGUUA